UGAUAUCAUUGGAAAGAGGACCAAAAAUAACCCACAGAAAAACAAUUAUCAAAGCACUCAUAGAUGAAGUUGAGAAAUAUAUCAACAGCUUCAUCCACACCAGAAGAAUUAUAAAUAAGUUCCCAAUGACAAUCUCUCAACUGAGUAUAAAGCAUGAGAUAGUCCGCCCUCCUGAAGUCAUACAGUUCAAUACAAUUCGAACGGGAAUAAGGAAAUGUGGACAACAUCUGAACUGUAAUGACAAGCGAUGGAUGAUGAGCAUCCUCUGGAACCAGGAAAUAAUCACAACGCUCUACAUUAAUGUCAAUGCUGGAAAAGACCAAGUCCAAGAUACAAUUAAGAACUGUAUUACAGAGAGCCAGCUCAUAAAAGUUAACGAAAGAGGCCAAUCUUCUGGCAUAAGGAGAGCCCAGCUCCAAACAAUACCUAUCAUUGGUAAUUUCAGGUAAGUUAAAAUCCCCCAAAAAGAUCAACUUAUCACCAAUAGCUGCAUAACAAGAUUCCAGGUGACUCAAAUAGGUAUCGAAGUACUGAAAGCUAGAAGAGCAAGGAAUGUAAACAGCGAUUACUGUAUGGCUAACACCCUCAAAGUUGAUAUUGACACCAAGACUCUCGUACGGAUCAAGAGUUAAACAGGGACAUAGAUUAGAGCAAACCCUACGAUUAACAGCAAUCGGGACCCCACCGCCCAUACCUUGUGGCCUAUCUCUCCAAUAAAUAAUAUAGGAGUCGGUGAACAACUCGCUGUCCAAGAUUCCAUUACACAACCACGUCUCAGUGAUAACAAUGAAAAAUUUAAAAAAAAUAAAAAAAAAAUAGAAGAAAAAAAUAAAAAAAAUAAAAAAUAAAAACACAUAAAAUCAGGAAAAAAAGGGAAAAAAGGGGAAAAAAAAUUCCCUCCAGAUCCUGAACUGGGGUAUAAAAGGAGUUGUUCUACAAGGAGUGGGACAUUGUGUCUUUGACAGUCAUGCCGUCAGUAUGUGUGUGUACCACCAGUAUGUGUGUGUGUGAUUUCAGUAUAUUGGUUUUGGAUUACUUCCAUCUUUAUCAACAUCAAGAAUCUCAUCACUCUGCAUUCAACAUGCAUGCUUCCAACAUUCAAGUCGUGCUCUGCCUCAUGCUGGCUCUUGGAGCCUAUUCACUGGAUCCAAAGUAUAGAAGUGAAGACUUUCUAGCAUCCAGGGAGCAUGGAUUGGAUACAUACAACAUUUUCCACAUCAGGCAAUGUCUGAUGUCAUCCAGCAAGUUCAACCACGACCUUGCAACAAUGUACAAUGAUGUCAGCAACUGGUACAUGAAAAUCGCAGGAGAGCAUGAAGUGGGGAAGGAACUGUGUCACAAAAUCCACUGCGCAUAUGAUCUGCGUAACUGUCUCCACCCAUCAUUCACAUUGCUGGAUUUCCUUGAAGCAGUUAUUACAAAGUCAGUCGAGGUGUGCUCAUCCUACUGUCAACAUGGGCUGUCAACAACAUCUAAAUCCAGAACUUAA